CCUGAACUGUCCCUCCCCGCGGCCCGGUCUCGGAGCCCCGCGGAGGCCGCUUCCCUUCAGGCUCCGACGCGCCGGGCUCGGGUGGAGCCGCCGGUCAUCGGCCGCGGCGGUGCCGGAUUUUUGGAGGAGAAGAAUAAGAAACUUCAAAAGAGACAUGGUGGCGCUGUUCCUCCCCAGCACAGGGAGCGUCCCCCCCAAGGAGAGCAUGGACUGUGGCUGAGUUUGGAAAUAUGAGUUGUUAUCUGGCAGAGCAGGAGGGGCUCCAGCCGGGGUUAUCUCUGCGCCGCAUGCUGGCAUUUUCCGCACAGCCCGCGGCCUCUCACAUCGGAGGAGGAAGGACAUAAUUGAAAGGAGAUAAGCAAAGGUCACUGUUGCUCCUGCUGUCUGGGGUGAUGCAAGAACGCUCUGCACUGGGUGAUGAGCUUGUGGGGAAAGCUCUGAAGGAAUGAGAUUGCUGAGGAGAAUCAGGGGAGAAUCAGGAGAGCUGGGUGAUGCUCGGACAGCUACGUGUGUUCCUGCCCCACUGCCUACAGUGCCCCCUGCUGGCGGAGGCUGGGAUUGGAGUAGCUGUGAGCGCCUCACAACCAGCUUUCUUCCAGCUUUCCCUAUAGGGAAUGUAGUGUUUGCCAUCCACAAAGUCUAGAGGAAAGGCUAGAUCCCCAUAACGACUCCAGGGAUGGAGAGGGCAAAGCAGACAGACAAGACUCCUGGAUCUGUCCCCAGCUCUACUGCUGACUGCCUAUGACAGCUCAGGAGAGUCCCUGACCCUCUCUGUGCCUCAGUUUCUCCCCAUGGCAAAGUGGGGGUAAUGGUCCUCACAAGGGGUGGGAAAAGCCAGUCCAAGGGAGCGGGGCCCUCAGGAGCUUCCAACCUUCCCAGCACUGUCACAUGGGCAGUUCUGACCCCUGGCCUUGUUGGCUGGGGGAACGACAGAGGGGUUUCAAUGGAUGCUCCAUGCACGGAGAGGGUUUGCAUUUGUGUGUGUGUGUGUGUGUGUGUGUGUGUGAGAGAGAGAGAGAAAACACACAGAGAGCCGGGGGGGCUGCCUCUGGCUCACGGCCGACGUCUGUCCUUCCGCCUUGGGCACAGCGAUAACCAGCAAAAGGUUAUCAGCGUCUCGCUCCCUGGCACCCAGGCCUGAUGUCCCCAGCUCCAACGGAAAGGUCUCUGUGUGCCACUCGAGUGACUCGGCCAGUUAACUGGAGAGAUAGCACCAGAGCUGAUGGCCAAAGGCCACCCUUUGUGCGGUGUCUCCGAGGGGCUCCUCAGCAGGGAGGGGGCGGGAUGGUAUAAAGGGGGCCGCAGUGGGGCUCAGGAGGCAGCUGUGAGCUCUUCUGGCCUUGGCGUCCAUCUCGCCGCCCCAAGCAGCCAUGCAGAAGCUCCUCCUGGCUCUGGCUUUUGGGUCACUGUUCUCGGAGCUGAGGCUGGGGGCUGAGGGCCGGAACCCACCCUAUGGCGUCAAGCUGUGUGGGAGGGAGUUCAUCCGGGCCGUCAUCUUCACCUGUGGGGGCUCCCGCUGGAGACGGACAGGUGACCUCGAUAUCCUGAGCAGCCCCCCUGCAGGGGAAGACUCCACAGAAGCCGCCUCCAGCGAGUGGGAUGCCAGCCACCUGCCCGGGACGCUGCCCCACCAAGAGCUCUCCUCCGACUACCACGAGAGGUGGAGAGGCAAACCGGGCCGCGGCCUCGCCGAAGCAAGCUGGCCUCUGGAGCGCGUCGUCCGGGACGUCAUGGCAGGGCUGAGCACCUCGUGCUGCAAGUGGGGAUGCAGCAAGAGCGAGAUCAGCUCCUUGUGCUAGAGGCGGGGGGCUGGGGCACGGGGGGAGGGGGCAGGAUUCAGCACACGGCACCGCAUGUUGGCACUAGGUCUUCAGCUGGCGUCAGGGCAGCUCUGAUUAGCACCGGCGGAGGAUCUGGCCCUGGGAUCACGGCUGCAAGUAGAAACCCACAGUUAAGAGCCCUGCAGUUGCUCAGCUCCCUGGGACCUCUGCCUGAGUGAGGACUGCAGGGAAUGGGCCGUGGAAAUGUAUGUGACUUCAGAUGGGGUAAUAUAAUGCUGGGGGUGGCCCCUGGAAGGGGGCAGUGGUGGACUCCAGGGUUCUGGGGCAAAUGCAGAUGGGCGGCUGAGUUUCGAUUUGGACAUGAAUAAGGAACCAGAUGACAAAUCUCGCCCUGCCCUUCCCCUUCCAGUUGUGGUGUUCCCCCCCAUGUUGCCUCUUCUUGCGCUGGUAUUCAGGGUUAAAUAAAAGAUCAAAAGAAA